GAUAACACACGUACACUUACGUCUCGUUACUCUUGUACGAGAACAGAAGGAAGAUGAGCAUUUUUGGCAGUAUAUUCUUUUUCAUAUUUAAGCAGUUGGUUGCGGGCCUAAGCCUUAAAAACUACACUGAUUAUGGAUCAUUGUCAACGAUACAUGAGGUAGCGGAUAUAAACUGUUACCAGGAACCCUGUCGCUUUACUGCAGGACAUAAUUACACUGGGUACAUGACGUUCACUCCAAAGGUCAACCACGCUGUUGCUAACCUUCAUCUGUAUAUCAUAUUGAAUGGCCAGUCGAGUGAGUUUGAAAAUGGUGUUAAUCAGUGUGGACACGGUCUUGAGUGCCCCAUCCAUGCGGGUGAAAAAACAUCUUGGAUAAUGACCCAAUCGAUUCCAUUGAUGUUGAAUGAUGUGUUCAAAGGGCUGCACACUCAACAGUGUAUAUCACCCUUAAUCAAACAAAAAGUGAACCAGUUAGCAGAGGUACGCCGUAAUCACUGUUUACAGAGUUAGCUUUCCAAAUAACACCAUUCUUCGACAUAUGUAUGUCAUUUUUACAACACAUGUAGAGCUAAUUCAGAUUCUAUAGCGUUUAAAGUCCUUUUUCAUUCUGGCAAAUUUUCAUAACGCCCAGUUUAGUUUUCAGCCUUAAUUGUGUUACUCCGCAUUAAAAUGUAUCAAGAGCUAAUCAACGUGGAAAUGAUAGAGUGAGUUACAAUGAUGCCAAACGGAUAAAAAUCUUCAAAAUAAAAUUGUAAUACAUGUAUCAUGAUUUCUAAAUUUGUUGCGUCCAUUUCCAUUUACAGCAGUGACCCCUAUCAGAUCAUUAUUCCAUUUAGGCAUGUGGUCAAAUUCUGUAUGUACUCUAAAACAAAUUUCUAUUACAUAUUCCCGGUAUAUUUGGUUUGGAUGCUUCUUAAUAUUGGUAAUUAACUAUUAUUUGAUAAUUGAUAAUUGAUAUGGUAGGUUGUUAGCUGCAUAGUCACUUUUCAGAAUAUGUAGAGUAUCUGAGCUUUGCUAUUGUUUACAAAGAGCCAAUUUUUGAUAGUUACAUCAUCAAUAAGAUGUUGUGUACAUUGCAAAUUCCAGAAAAUCUAAAUUGUUUGUAUGAAACUUGAUAUUAAGCUUGCUUGAUAUUAAGUCAACAGUCACCAGUAUAAAAGAAUGCAUACAAAUUAGGACUGUAACGAAUACACUAAGGGGCGAAUAUGAUACAUAUCACGAAUACAGGGUGACGAAUGCGAAUAUAUAUUCAUGAAUAUGAGUUCUAUACUAAAAGCUCACUGAACUUUAUGUGGCUUUUGCCGACAAUAGUCACAGUCUGCUGACAAGAUUAUAGUACUUACCUGGUACUCAAAACACUGCGAUUGUGAAAAAAUACUGUUCAAAAGUAAAAUAAAAACAACACACUCAGCAUGUAAGCUUAUAGACAUUUGGAUUCAAAUGACUUAAACUGUCAAUUGUUUGAUAAAAACUGACGAUGUGUAUUUGGCAGGAGGAUCCCCUAUUUCAACGGUUUAAAUUACUCGUUGCUCUCGAAACAUGUUGUUUAUGUAGACAGUUUUUGGAUGUCGUGAAAUGGGAAUUCCCACAUGUUGAAAUCAAAUAUUUUAAAAUUAUGUAAAAUUAUUAAUUCAAUCUCAUUUCAAACCCAGAAAAUCAUUUAUAGUAUAAUAUUAAUGGUAAACCAACAACAAAUAUCGGCCUACGAGACUUACCAAAUCAUUGUCGUGAAAAUAUUUGUCUACUGUUGUGGAUGGAGUAUUACGAAGAAAACGAAUAAUUAAUGCGAAAUGCGCCAUGAAAUGGAGCAUUUUCGGUAGCUUUCUUGUGAUUUAGGUAAAUUCAAGUAAUUUUAGUUUGGAUUAUGCAGUUUUUAUUUAUAUUCGUAAAUAUCCGGUUGAAGACAUGGCGAAUAACGUAUACAAUUCGGACAAAACUGUAUUCGACUAAAUCGAAUAUUCGAAUGUAUCGUUACAGUCCUAAUACAAAUACAAUUUAUGCUUUGAGUGACGUAUUGCCUUUGCAAAAAGUAAAAUAAAAUAUCUUUUCAAAAUAAUAUUAUACCAUGCAUAGGAACAUCUCACAAACAUUUAAAUGUUAUUACUUAAUAUAUAAUAGAUACUUUCGUCAAGAGUUAAAAUAUCAUGAGGACAUACAGUUUUGCUAUUGUCGUUACCUUGGUUUACUGGCAAUAAUUCAAAAAUAUUAUAACAACAUUCAAUGUAUGCUUGAUAGCAGAUUGUACAUGAUGAUAACUGCUCAACAUACAUACAUUUUUAUUAUCUACAUCUUAACAACUUAAAUAUCUCAUAUAGAUAUUAAUUUUAUCUAGACAUUACAAGACUAAUAAGGAGUAACGUAAAUAACUGAUUUGAAAUAUGUAGUUUCCUUUCAUAUCUUCAAUUUCUUAAAUAUACAUGAGUUGAAAAUAUCUAACAAGAAUAUUGCUUCUUGUGCUGAGGUAGUACUGUUUAUUCAAUUAAAAUACAAUAAUAUAGGUAACGUACAUAUUCAUUUUAUCAAAAAUUCUUUCAUUUACGCAAUUCAGUUAUUUUGUAGCAAACUAUACAGGUAAAAGGUGUUCAGUGUAAUUUAACGUCCGACUUUAAAUACUUAUCUGCACUAUUCAGUUCAUGUUUAAACAAGAACAUAAAAUAGUGUUACGUCUUAAGGUAACAAUUGCUUGUUACUUAAAAUAUCAAAGGUAGCAGAAAAACAAACCAGCAACUAUUACACUUGAAAAGUAACAAUUCAGAUACCUUGCAAGUGUUACCUGGCCAUAAAGUUUAAUUCUAAUAGGCAAGAAUAGUCCAAAUCCUGCCCUGAUCAAACUGAAAUUCAAUCAGUAAUAAUUCGAAUUAUUUCACACAGAAUCAAAACUGAAUCUGGUAUAUCCAAAGAAUAUAAAUCCUCUCUUUUAAGAAGUCUUUUAAUCCACAGUUUUCAUAUAAAUCCAUCAAAUGGUAAAUUCCAAACUGGUAAUAAUUUAUUAUUAAGAAAAAGAGGAACGUUUUUCAAUAAGAUCUUACUUAGGUUCUUUUUUGUCCUCAGACAGCUUCCUAUUUAAAGCAUCAUGGGAGAUUCCAGUACUUUCAUGUAUUACCAAAAGUAACAAGAAAAAAUAACAGAAAAAGUUUUGUUAUUACGGAUGAUGUCUAUGCAUGAUCUCCGGAACUGCUAUAUUUUUAAUAGUAAUCUGUAAUACCCUAAAUUAUCUCCUUAUAAAGACUUAAUGUAUUUCCAAUUAAAUAAAAAAGUACAUUGUACUUUACAGUGAAAUCUUAUCACGUAAUACUAUGAGAAUGCUACAAACAAACCCAAUUUGGUGUGAUUCUGACCAGUAAUUUACGAGCAGUAGAAGUUCAAGUGAAAAUGAAAAACUGUUGCGUAGCAAAUUCUUAAUUUCAUCUGAAAUAGGUAUGUUUUUGUCCAGUCCACAUCAUUUUUAAAGUAAGAUACUCUCCACUGGGACUUGAACUAAGAUUUCUUCCUACAUGAUGUAAGAAGCAUUCUUACAUUGAACUAUGGAGAGAAAAGCAGCUAAAUGCUGAAAAACUGGAAAAUACAUCUUUAUGGAAUAUUGAUCUGUAAUCAGUAUAAAUAUGUAUACAUUAUAAUGACAUAGUGGAAAUGUGUGUUUAUGCCUAUGUUUCUUCAACUAUUUUAUUUCAAGAAAUUGAGCAUCUUGAAAUUCGGGUAUUGACUUGUAAAGUGAAUAUGUUAUAAGACACACUUUUCUGUAUCACUUAACAUAUUACACGUAGAUAUCUUAGACAAUGUCAAAGACGAUGAUGGUCGUUUAAUUAUGACCCAUUGCGUUGGAAAAUUUAUUACAUGAUUGAGCAAAAUGAGCAUAUCAUGAGAACUUCUUAAAAUUAUACAUACUGGAAAGAGGUCAUGGUACAUCAAUUUUGAUAUUUCUUGAUUAAAAAAGAUAUAACGUCUUGAUUUUCAAUAACUAUAACGUCUUCUUUUCAACAAUAAUUUCAAACCAAAUGUACUGGGUAUGUGUAAUAGGACGAGCCAUUAACAUUUAGCCCUUAACCUAAUUGUACAAUCUGCAUGUUCAUAACAUCUGUUACGGUAGCUUACACAUGGCCGAUACGUUUAAGCCAAUUUCAGAUACCUGCGUCAGGGAGUCGACUCUUUGACUCCGUGUUUAGGGCAUUGGACUACCACCCGAACGACCUGGGUUCGAAUACCGCCAGUGGCAGAUGGAAUUUUCCGUCAUUAAAUGCUACUAAAGGCUAUUAAAUGUCCACUGUUGAUUUAAAGUUCAAAUAUAGGUCAGAUAAACGUUGUUAGGGAAUUCAUGAUUUACGUUUUUUAUACAUCGGCUGCUUUUCUUUUGUAAAUGGAAGAGAAUUCUAUCAUUCAAUUCCAAGAUAUAUUUCAUUCGUGCUUUAUUCCACCAAUGCAGAGUGUAGCGGCAGCGCCCGCACGCAAUGUCACCGAGCAAUAAGAUGUAGGGAAACAACAAUGUAGCCUCUAGUUCUACUGAGGAUCUUUAUUAUACGUUUACUAUUAUGCAAAGUUUUGAACUGGAGCUUGUGAACUAUUAAGUCAAGAUCCACGUCGAACUACAAUCAAAGCGCUGACAGCACAGAAAGGUUGAAACCCGCAUUUCAUGUGCAAUAGACCACUCCGCUGUAACAGUUCAAGUUACUUCCAUGGAACAGUAUAACAUUCAAACCAUUUGCAUCCACGUUACAUUAUAUACUAUAAAUUCUGCUCAGACUAAAACCAUCAAGUGUCUUGAAACACACUGACGAGCUGGGUAAGGCAACCUUAAAUCGACUUAAUUAAAAUUUACUAUAAUGAUACCAAUAGACCUGUUUCAUGAAAACACAAAUAUUCACAAAGAGAAUAUAGAUAACAGAAAUAUUAGAUCCAUUAUUUUUUAUUCAAAUUAUAAUUUAAUAUUUAACAGUUUGAAAGAUAUAAACGUUACGCUAAAAAUCUAUAGAAAAUGAUAUAUUUAAACUGUCAGUGUGUCAUAGUUUCUCUUUCGAUAUUCUAAAGUUAUACACCAUUAGAAAGCUUGCGAUCUGAGCUUUUUAUAGAUGUAUAAUUUGAUAUAUUUUUUUUAUCAUGUGCAUUGAAAUAACCAGGAACUUUUACAUAGAUGUCAUUAUUGAAUUCUUGCAGUAGU